UGACAACAUCAGUUAUCACGUGCGGUUUCCCGUCUUUUUCCAAAUUGACCAAAUAUGUUUUGAUUCUAAAACAAAAACACUACUAAUAUCUAAUUUGUUUCACUUUUGUGUUUUUUCUUACAAGUCGUAGUAGUCGUACGAGUCGAUAUCCACUGCGUAUUAUUGGAAUUGAACACGUCACAAAGCUUUCUCACUUUCUCAGACGUAAACAUGAAAUUAGUCAAAUUUUUGAUGAAACUCAGUCAUGAAACUGUGACAUUAGAACUUAAAAAUGGAACUAGUGUUCAUGGAACUAUUACAGGUGUUGAUGUAGCUAUGAAUACUCACCUUAAAGCUGUUAAAAUGACUGUAAGAAACCAACAACCUAUACAUUAUGAAACACUUAGUAUUAGGGGUAACAACAUUCGUUACUACAUUUUACCUGACUCUCUUACUCUUGAAACCCUGUUAGUUGACGAUGCACCCAAAUCGCGAAUGAACCGCGGUGGACGAGGAGGUCGUGGAGGGCCAGGAAGAGGUGGUCGUGGACGUGGAGGUCCUAGAGGUCGAGGAGGUCGCGGAGGGCCACGUGGAAGUGGUGGUGGACGUGGGCGAAGUGGCGGACCACCCAGACGUUGAUACUUGUUUGAUGUAUAAUAUGUUCAAACUCAGUUCAAACUUCAGUGCAUUUUCAAAUUUUUAUUUGCUCUACAUUUAUUUUAA